AUGGAAAAAGAAAUAUAACCAAAUGGUUUAUGGUUAUAAGGAGAAAAAAUUGAAUUUUGUGGGAAAUUGUUUUAAAAAAUAUCCUCCGAUAAAUAAUAUGAAAAAUUAAUGCCAAGGUCAUUAUUUAUAGACUUUUAACCAGAUGAAAUCAAUGAAAUUUAAAAUAGUGAAUAUAGAGGGUUAUUCCAUCCUGAUAAUUUUAUUGUUGAUAAAUAAGAUAGUUCAAAAACUUUUGCAAAAGGAUUUUAUAAAUAAGAAGGAGAAAUAAUUGAAAAAGGCAUGGACAGAAUAAGAAAGUUUACAAUUAAUUGCUCUGAUCUUUAAGGAUUUUUUGUUUUUCAUUCAGUUGGAGGAGGCACUGGCUCAGGAUUUGGAUCUUUAUUAUUGGAGUAAAUAUCAAUAAAUUAUCCAAAAAAACCAGUAAUAGGAUUUUCUAUUUUUCCAUCUCGAAUUUAAUCAUAAAAUACUUAUGAACCAUAUAAUUAUAUGUUGACUAUGAAUUCUUUAUUAGAACACACUGAUGUAUGUGCAGUUCUUGAUAACUAAGCAAUAUUUGACACCUGUAGAAGAUAAUUAGAUAUUGAAAAGCCAAAUUAUUAAAAUUUAAAUAGGUUAAUAGCCUAAGCCAUAUCAUCAUUUACUUUUCCUAUACGAAUGGGAGGAAAUCAUUUUACAAAAAAAUUGAUGAUUUUCAGCGUAAACUUGUCCCUUAUUUACCAACCCACUUAUUGUUGUGCUCUUAUACACCAUUUAUAACUAUUGAUAAGUCUAAAAUAGAAUAACUUCAUACUGCAGAGCUCUCAAAUGCAAUCUUUGAGCCAAGUAAUAUGUUAGCUCUAUGCGAUCCUAGAUAUGGAAAAUAUAUGGCAUGCUCUGUAUUUUUUAGAGGAGACCUAAGUAUGAAUGAGAUUGGUGGAGCAACAUCUACAUUACAAUAAAAAAAGACAAUUUAAUUUGUAGACUGUUGUCCAAGAUCAGUCACAUUUUGUCUAAACAAAGUUAUUCCAUGUAUAUUUCCAAAUGGAGAGUUGGGUAAAUAAAGAAAGUCAGCUUUCAUGAUAGCUAAUUCCACUUCAAUACAAUAAGUGUUUUCAUAAUUAAAUAAUUAAUUUGAUGAAAUGUUUUCUAAAAAAUGUUUAUGCUUUAGAAGGAAUAGAAGAGGAAUAAUUUCAAUAUUUUAGAGAAAAACUCAAAUCUUUAGAAUAAGAUUAUAAAGAAAUUGA